UGGAAAUAAAGGCUGCCGAAAAGUAAUUGUAGUCGCAAGUAAUUGGUUGCUGGAAACGGUUUGCGGCACGGAUUUUCCAGCCAGAGGCGAACGCUUGGGAGCAGAUUCUCUGCAGCUGCAGCAAAAUAGAUUACUAACGGACACAGUAUGAAGAAGAUACGGCGAUGGCUGCUACUAUUUGCAGUCAUAAUCGCGCUGAUGGUCCGGGUGGACGGUUUGAAGGCAACGUCGUUGAUCUUUGGCCGCGGUCCGAGCACCACGACCACGACCACCAGCACGACGACGACGACGGCCGCCACAUCGACCACGGAAGAGUCCGCCGAAGCCGCCGAGGACGAGAGUGCUGAUCAAGGCGAGGACGGGGUAACGAAGGCACCGCUCACCGGAAUACCGCAGGUCGAUUACGUGUGGGACCCGAACUUACCACGGGAACUGCGAGGGUUCAACUUGUCCAACUACCCCUUCCUGGACUCGGUCCCGGUGGAGGAGGACAUCGGUUUCACGUGCGAUCCGAAGCUGCACGAUGGGUUCUACGCCUCGAUCAAGUACAACUGUCAGCUGUACCAUCACUGCAUCAACGGAAUGCGGUACGACUUCCUGUGCGCCAACUACACGGCCUUCGACCAGAAGACCUUCAUCUGCCAUUUCGCGUCGGAAGUGGACUGCAAGAACUCGCCCAAAUACUGGUUCCGAAACGAGCCGCUGUAUAAGGCGACGACGACGACCACGGUGAAGCCACCGCCGACGACGUCGACGACGGCCGCUCCGACGACGGUUCCGUCGAGACCGAAGCCGCUGCGCAAACCGGUGCGCAGGAGGCGCCCGCAGGUCGACUACUACUACUACGACGAGGAGUACGAGGACGACUACUACGAGGAGCGUCAGCGGCGCCGCAAGAACCGGCCACGCAAUCGGCGGCCGAUCUACGACGAUGAGUACGAGGAGGAGGACCGGUUCGAGCGGCCGGUCCGGCCGGCGGUGGACCGCUACCGGGAGCGUGACCGGGACCGGCUCGAAGACGAGGACGAUUACGACGAUCGGCGGACGCCGGCGGUUGAUCGGCGGCCAAUGAAGACGCGCGUGCGGAACGGCGAUCGGCGUCCUGCUCCCGUUGAUGACGAGCGGCGGUACUACGGCGAGGAGCGCCGCCGUCGACCGUCGGCGGCUGACGACCGCCGAAGGCCGAUCGCGGCAGUCGCGGAAGAGGAGGAAAAACCGCUGCGUCCGGAACGGCGCCGUGUACCGGCCGUCGGGCACGGGCGUGAAGUCGAUCGGAAGCCCGCGCCCAAGCGGCCACUGUACGAAGAGGACGAAGAGGACGACUACGAUCCGCCGGCGUACGGUGAGGGCCGGCGUAGAGGAUCGUCGGAGAAGGGCCGGCAACAGCAGCAGAAUGACGUCGUCACGGUGAAACCGGCCGGCGGCAGUAUCUACGGUAGGCCCCGUGCGGCUCCACGCAUCAAUCGGCCCGUUCCGCUGGCCGAGAAGAGCAAGUACGCGUACGGUGCGGGGGAAGGAGCGGGACCUACGAAAGGGUUCGCCAAGACGUCCACAACGCCACCUCCGCCACCGGCACCAGCGCUGGUUCAGUCCGAUCCGGAGUACUACGACGAGUACGAGGAGGUGGAACAGCCCCGGAGGGAGACAAGCGUGGACAAGCGCAAGGCGGGAUCGAGCGAGUACGCGGAGGGAGGCCAGACGGCGGCCGGGCGGAAACCGCGCCCGAGUGCGUCGUCGGACGUGGUCUACUACGAUGACGUCAUCAUCGCCAAGGAGGACCUCCCGCUCCGGUCGGUGCCGGGAAACGUGCGGAAGCCGGAGCAAUCCGAGCGCAUCAACAGCCGGGACAAUUCCGAGCUGGCGACCGGCAGUAAUCGGGGGUACGGAACCGGGGAGAAGACACGCGCAGGCCAGUCAUCGAGCCAGUCCUUGGCCAACAAACAGCAACAGCAAACACCGGCACGCGACGAGCAGGUGGACGAGCGAGACGGCGACGAUUACGACACGGUACCCAUCGUCCGACUGGCGGUGCGACCCGCUCCGGUCACCGGCAAUCUGUACGCCAACUUCAAGAUCAAAAAGCAACCUCCGCCUGAGCCGCCGCCUGCGCCCGUGGAGAGUUACCGGCCGCCGGUGCGGUCCACCAAGCGGCCGUUUCUACCGAGCCGGGGCGGCAACCCGUACCUAGCGCGCGGCCUUCAACCGGUCGGCGUUGGGGCCAAACAACCGACCCCGGCCAAGCCAGCCGGCGAGCCCGAGAAGCCGGCUCCGUUCCGCAUUGACGUUGAGGGCAGCUCCACCACCACAGUAGCACCUCCACCGAAGCCCAGGGCUGGCCAACCGGAGGAUGCUCCAUCGUCGCCGCAAACGCCACCGGAAGUGGUAAACGUCAAGACGCUCGACCAGCUGUACGACGACGAGUUCGACGUGACACUCAACGACGCACUCAAUCCCACGCUGAAGCCACUGACGCGCAGCGCCCCGCAGAACUACUUCCGCAACCGGUACGUCCACCAGCCGGACCAGCAGUCGGAGUUUAUGCCGUUCGAGCCGAGCUACGCACCGUCCGAGUUUCGCCGGACCGUCGCCGUCCGACCACCGUCCGUCCAGCUCUACCACAACACGCCAUCGGUGGCCGGACUCGUCGGGAGCCCGGCCCGCCAGCGGUACGAUCCAUACGCUGCCUACCAAUACUGAGCCCAAGAGAUGAGUUAAUUUAUUUUUGAAACCCACAAAAAUCCGGCAUCCCUCUCCGGCAGGGCGGACGUGCUUUCGGGGGGCGUUUUUCGGCGAAAACAAAAAGGAUGGAAACGGCGAAAAGCGAUUUGUAAAUACUUAGAACGCGAGUGAGUGAGACGAGCGGGGAGAGAGAGAGAGAGCGAGUGAAAGAUAGAGCGCCCGACACACCGCCAGACAAAGCUGUGGCAAUACUCAAAACAUCAAAAACGGUGAUAAUGUAACAAAAACACGAUGAUAAAAGAACGCCUUUAGUCUGGUCACCCGUCUACCCGUCCGUCUUAGAGAGGAAAAUAGAAGCAAAAGUGUAAAGAAAGUGAAAGAGGGACAGGGAGAGAGAAAAGUAAAAGAAGAACACCGCGCAGAGUGGUGGAAAAUGGAAACCUUAAAUGUCUUUGAUCAAGUAUGAAAGUAGAAAGCUAGACAGUAAAACACUAAACGCUGAACACUUGGUCACAAAGGUACCACUGUGCGGAAAGAAUCUAUAUUUUUUCAAUUAAAAAAACAACAAAAACAAACCAC